AUGGCUAUUUGUAUAUGUGUUUUUCAUAAGAUUGCUGAUGAGCCUAUAUUGUAUGGCCUCGCCAAAGCAUCGGCAACAACUGCCCGAGGUGGCUACAACGAUUUACCUGAAUUCAUUGCAGCUGCAAAAUUCUUAGCACCACCUAUUCCUUAUGUUUCAAAUAAACCAACAUUGCAGUCUCAAUUUGCCAAUUUCUGUCAUAAUAAUCAGCGAUGUGUUGCAAAAUUGUUUACCUUCAAUGCUUCUACUAUAGCAUUGCUCAGGGCUAAAGCCAUGAGUGAUGAUGUACUCAUGCCUACAUGGGUUGAAGCUGUAACAACUCUGAUUUGGAAAUGUGUCAUAUUGGUUGGUGUUGAUACUGGUACUUCAAAAUUAGUAAACCAAGUAAAUAUACGAAGGCGAUUUGUCCCUCCAUUGCCAAAUCAUUGUGUAGGAAAUGUUGUUGCAGUUGCCACGACGUGUAAAGAUGAAAAUGAUGGAUCUGAUUUGACCACAUUAAUCUAUUAUAUAAGAAAAUCUUUGUCAGAAUUGAGUUUCAAAUAUGUGGACAAAGAGAGUCGAGAUGAGGCAAUUUUCGCGAUUCCCCAUGACUUCAUGGAGCUAACUAAAGGGCAAAUCCUAGGGAGAUCGCUUUACAAGUUAGUAGCUUGUGUGGUUUAG